AUGAACUUUCUCCAGGACAUUUUAGCCAAAAACCAGUUUGCCUCUGCCAGCAGGCUGAAACUGGGGCACAAGUGGAUCUUCCAGGUGACCCAGGUCCUGUGUGUGGAGGGCUCCCCUUUCUGCGCUCUGCGCUCGCGGGUCAGAGCGACCCAGACCCUGUGUUUCCAGGGCUCUCGCUCUGUGCUGGCGGGUCAGAGCGACCGUGCCAGCCACUGCCGCUCUGCGCUCUUGGGUCAGAGCGACCCAGCCAGCCGCUGCACAGGUCCGGACGUGCCUCGCAGUGUGCUAGAGAGCAGCCGAGUGUUAGCGACCGUGCCAGCCACUGGCGAGGCGUGUGCCUCUGAGCGUAGUAGAGAGUCUGCGAGUGUGGCGAGUGUGGCGAGGCUGUGCCGGGCUCCCCGCUCUGCGCUCUGUGCUCUGUCCUCUGUGCUCUGCGCUCUUGGGAGGAGGAAGAGGAAGAGGUUUCGGAAGACAAAGACGGAGGAAUACAACCCCGAGCGCCGCGAGGUCGACGAUGCCUCUUCUCCCUCUUCUGAGGAAGAGCAGCCCGAGGAAGAGCCGCCCGAGGACGAGCACGAGGACGAGCACGAGGACCGCGACGAGGAAGAGAUCUCCUCGGCCCCGGACCGACGGGAGCCGCCGUUGCUGUCGAAGACUGGCAAAAUCGAGUGGUCCCCCGUGGCUUACGGCCGCCACCGCGGGCCCCUGGCGAUCUGCCACGCCGGGCCGGACCAGACUCCGGGCCCCACGGCCUAUGCCGCGACACAGGCCCGCGACAUCGCAUCCGCCUUCCACCUGUUUGUCACACCGGCGAUAGAAAGGAUAAUUGUGGAAAUGACGAACCUGCACGGGGCCAGAAAAUACGGCGACGGCUGGCGACCCAUGGACGCCACGGACCUGCGCGCCUACCUAGGGCUGCUGAUCCUAGCGGGCGUCUACAGGUCCCGGGGCGAGGCUGCGGCAAGCCUGUGGGACGCCGAGAGCGGCAGGACCGUGUUCCGAGCCACCAUGUCGCUCAAGGUCUUUCACAGGUACUCGAGGCUGCUGCGAUUCGACGACCGCCAGUCGAGACCCGCCAGACUCGCCACGGACAAACUCGCAGCCAUACGGAAGGUCUGGGACCUGUGGGAGGCGCGGCUGCCGGCCCUCUACAACCCGGGGCCCGACGUGACGGUGGACGAGCAACUGGUCCCGUUCAGAGGCCGCUGUCCUUUCCGUCAGUACAUCCCCAGCAAGCCGGCCAAAUACGGCAUCAAGUCUUGGGUGGCCUGCGACGCCAAGUCCAGCUACGCUUGGAAGAUGCAAGUGUACACCGGCAAGGCGGCCGGCGGAGGCCCCGAGAAGAACCAGGGGAUGCGCGUCGUCCUCGAUCUGACAACGGGCCUGAGCGGUCGCAACGUCACCUGCGACAACUUCUUCACCUCCUACGACCUGGGCCAGCGGCUCCUCGAGAGGAACCUCACCAUGGUGGGCACGGUGAGAAAGAACAAGGCCGAGCUCCCGCCCGCGCUGCUCGAGUCCAGGGGCAGACAGGUCCUGUCCUCCAGGUUCACCUUCACGCCCACCGCCACUCUGGUGUCCUACCUGGCAAAGAGAAACAAGAACGUGCUACUCUUGAGCACGCUGCACACAGAGGGCCACAUCAGCGAUCGCCGCGACAAGAAGCCGGACCUCAUCCUAGACUACAACUGCAACAAGGGCGGCGUGGACAACCUAGACAAGGUGGUGGGCACCUACAGCUGCAGACGGAUGACUGCCCGCUGGCCCCUGGUCGUCUUCCACAACAUCCUCGACGUGUCCUCCUACAACGCCAUUGUCAUAUGGCGAGAGAUCAAGCCUGACUGGAUGCCUGGCAAGCGGAACAAGUGCAGGGUGUUCCUCGAGCAGCUGGGAAAGGCACUCGUGAAGCCGCUGAUCCAAAGAAGGCAGCAUUUGCCCCGCACCGAAGCGGUGUCAGCCCUUGUCAAAGUCCUACAGAGUGCUACGGCGGCACCUCCUGAUCAACAGCGCCAGGGCCCCGCCGCUGGCACGGCCGCUGCCCCGCUCGUUGCCCCGGCCACCACCGGGGCAAGUAAGAGGAAGAGGUGUCAGCUCUGCCCACCCAAGAAGGACUCCAAGACACACACGGUGUGCUGCAGGUGUAAGAAAUACAUCUGCAAAGGCUGUUCACACGCCUACUGUCACACUUGCGCACAUUGGGCCUUUAGCCAGGACGGGACAGGGUGA